AUGGGGGCCAGGGCUGAUCAUGGGCAGGAGAGAGCCCUGGUCUAUGCCGCCGAGGUCCUCACCAUUCCCUCACUGGUCGCUGGGAGGCGCGGGGUGCGACUGAGCCCACCUCCACAUGGCCGAGGUCCUUCCCUUGUUGGUUGCUGGGGCAUGGGGAGCCUGUGGGAGGAGGCCCCGCUCCACACGGCGGAGGUCCUCUGUCUGCUCGCUGGGUUUAGUUUAUUACUUGAUGUAUUUUGUGCUCUACAUGGACCAAGAGAAAAAUGUGUUGAAAUUCUGAGGAGUGGUCACUUGUUAGCUAUUUUACCAGGCAGAGUUCAAGAAGCCCUAAUUAGUGAUGAAACCUACAACAUCAUAUGGAGUAAUCGUAAGGGCUUUGCUCAGGUUGCAAUCAAUGCAAAAGCGCCCAUUAUCCCUAUGUUUACACAAAAUAUUCGAGAAGGAUUUAGAUCACUUGGAGGAACAAGGUUAUUUAGAUGGCUUUAUGAAAAAUUCCGCUAUCCAUUUGCUCCAAUGUAUGGGGAUUUUCCAGUGAAGUUACGGACCUAUUUAGGUGACCCCAUUCCCUAUGAUACAAAGAUAACAGCAGAAUUAGCUGAAAAGGUAUACAAUACGUUUACGUUUAUCAUUGGGUGCUUGUACUGUUGGGCCUAAAUCCCCAACAGCGAUAAUCACCCUAGUCACAACAUGAUGUAAAUU